CGCUCAGGUAGAUUUCUGUGUAACAAAAAGCCACCAAACAGGAAGUGAGUCAUCCAGUGUCUCGCUACGACCCGAGAAGAAAAUCGUUCCCGCGGUUAGAACCCGAAUUCUCUCUCUUUUAGACCUCUUUGACCCGGUCCGUUAUGGUCCGGUUCAGUUCGAGUCUUUGGACGCUCUGCUUCCUGGUGUGUUCCGGUCUGGCUCUGGAUUGUGACUGGGGCGUUGAUCCGCAUCAGGGUCUGGACAUGGCCUACCUAGAACGAGGAGCGCUCCCCCUGGAAAAGGCCUGGAGGGACCUCGACCUGGACUCUUGCCGGACCGCGUGCUGUGCCGAGCCGGACUGUGACCUGGUCCAGGUGAGAGUCUCCGCGGAGGGGGUACCGCUGUGUCUGCUGGUCCGGUGUGUGAUCGGGGACCGGGACGUGUGUGUCCUUCAGCCCAGCACCGAUGACCGAGUCUACCGCAGGAACCGAACCAGGACCGGCACGGACCCGGACCAAGGGAAGAAGACUCACCUGAGACCGCUGAUGGGACACCUUGAAACCUCCGCGACCACCGCGACCAAUCACAGAACCGAGAGGAAGGAGGAGAGGAAGGAGGAGAGGAAGGAGGAGAGGAAGGAGGAGAGGAACG